UUAUUCGCCACUGGGAUAAGCGCUCGGAUACUCGGGUUCUACUAUUCAUUUUAAUUUUAACGUUUACGUUUGUAUGUUGUUGUAAAAUUGAUGAAGUCAGGACUUAACGCAUGAAGGGGGUGAUGAUGAAUAUGGAGACUCUGAGCAGGCCGGAGCUCCUGAAGCUCCUCAGCAUCCUGGAGGGAGAACUGGAGGCACAGGACACAGUUAUACACACCCUCAGAGCCCAGCACAGGGACUCGUUCGUCCAGGAGCGCUAUGGCCAGUAUGACCUCAGUGACCCCUUCCUGGCCCUGCAGCGGGAUAGCCAUACCAUGGAUGACUGGUCCCCUUCAGACCCCCAGGGCAGCGUGGUGGGGCCCAACCCUCUGGCUGUGCUGAAGCUGGUCAUGGCCCACUGCAAAAGGAUGCAGGAGAGGAUGAUGGGACAGCUGGCAGCCGCAGAGAGCAGACACAGGAGGGUGAUUGCAGAUCUGGAGGAGGAGAAGCACCGACACGCACUGGAGUCGGCGCAGGAUGAGGAUGUCACCGUCAUGCUGGAGAAGGAGAGGGAGAAACUACUGCAGCAGUUGGAGGUGGAGCGUGCAGCAGUGCGUAGGCUGCAGAGGGAGCAGGAGAGGGCAGUAGGCCUGGCAGAGGAAACUCUGUCCCAGCAGCAGCAGUUGUCCUCGGACCUAACCCUGGAGCUCCAGAGAACCACCAGCCAGGCCCUGGAGGAGGCCCAGAGAGUCAGCCAGCUCCACCUGCAACUCCAGGAGGAGAGCUGUACUUCAGAGAGCCUGAGGGGGGCCCUGGAAGCGGAGAAGGGCAGAGCAGCGCAGCUUGAGGCCAGAGCAGAGAGCCAGCUGGCUGAGUUUGACACAGAGAGGGAACAGUUAAGAGCCAGGAUCAGACAAGAAGAGGAGAGGAGCAAGGGGCUAGAGAGAGAAGUGGAGGAGCUGAGGAGGAGGUUGGAGGCAGCAGGAGAGGAAGGAAUGGUUAGGAAGGUGCAGGAGACUGAGGUGAAGGAGGUGAAGGAGGUGAAGGAGGUGAAACAGUCUCCUUCAAAGAUAGCGUCAGCGGCAGUGUCAGUGGCGGCGUCCACCUCGAGCCAGACAGAGCCUGAUGGGAAGGCAAGCGUCGACCCUAAAGUGACCCCUGUCUCAAAGGUCAACGGGCAUCACCCUAACCCUCCGCGGGACACUGACCCUCAGGAGGGCGGGGCUGUGGAGAACGGUGGGGUAGAGAGCGAGUCUGGAGCAAGUCUUCUCUCCCCUCUCCACCCUCACCCUCCUCACUCCCACUGCCACCCUCACCCCAACCUCUCCCCCUCCAGCACGGCGUCUUCCUCCCUCUCCUCCUCCCCCAUCUCCUCCCCCACGCUGGCUAAGCGUCUGGUCAGCCCCGGUGGCUUCCACACGUCCUCCUACCAGGCUGGAGUCAACCAGCGCUUCCAUGCUGCCAGGCAUAAGUUCCAGGUUCAGGCUGAGCAGGAGCAGCUCCAGCAGGGUAGCACGGCUCCCCUCUCCCCCCGGGACCUGUCCCCUACCACCACCCCCAUCCCUCCACCCUCAGAGAACAGCACGGCCAAGCAGCUAGCCCGAAACACCGUCACCCAGGUCCUGUCCCGUUUCACCAGCCAGCAGGCAGGGGCCAAGCUCCCCCCACUGAACAGCUCUCCAUUUGGGACUGACUAUCGGAGCCUGGCAGCCUCCCCUCCUGGGGGGAAAACCUCGCCUGGAGGACCCCUGUCCCCAGGUAUACGCUCGCCCCUCACCCCUCGGUCCGAGAGGUGCUACCCGCCCCCCGUUCCUAAGAAACCGGGUAUGAGCCCCUCUCCAGACUCCCCCGACCCCCAAACCGGGGCCAGCCUCUUCCCAGAGCUGACGGGGGGCUGUGGGCUAAGCAGCAGUGGACAGGAGGGGGCUAAGGAGCCAGACCUGGUACUCUCCUCCGGUAGCUAACAGCUAAGGGCCACGGCAGCUAGAAACUGAUCUAGGAUCAGCAUAGCCUUCCCAAAUCCUUCCCAUUUUUAACCAUUAGGGAGAAAACACAAAACGGACCUAGGAUCAGUAUCUGUGAUCAGCUUUGUCUUAUUCCUGCUGGAGGAGCCAGUGCUCUCCUCCAGCAGCUAGCAGCGUAUGGCCUCCCACAUUCCAGAUACGCUAGUUUCUCUCUUCCAUUUGCACUUGUUCACUCACUUUUAGGCCCGAGAUUCAAUCCGAGUGCUCUAGUCAACAAUGCAGCUUUUAAAAGCAAUGUUGCUGGGUUCAAAUAGAUCACAUUCAAGGUAAACGCUGCUGAUGUCGGCUCAAUCAGAAAUGACCUCAGAGACGGUAAAGAAAGCAAGACAUCUCACAGGAUCAUGUUUUCUGGUCGGGCGGAUGGAGCGAGCGAGGGGAUAAGUAGACCAGAGCCAGCUGUUGGUUAGUUGGUUAGUUUUGCAUUGAAAAAAAAUUGACACGGUUUCUGUCUGUGUAAGUGGGUGUUUCCUCUCUCAUGUGACCAUCUUUGAGCAUGCUUUCCCCCGUGAGCUUAUGUGGGAAUGCAUGCUCACACAAGACAGGAACUUUUUUUUUUAAAUGUCAAAUGGUAAACGGCCUUUUUAAGACAUUUUCAUUAUCCACCAUCUUUGAUUACCUUUAAAUGUCAAGCGGUUUAAUGUGGGUCCACCGCGGUCUGGAUUGGAUCCUGGCCUUAAUCUCCUGGAUGUCCUGCAGCAGGCAGAAAAUGCCACUACUUAUACCAACUCUGUAGGCCCUAUUUUGACCACAUACAUUAGCCGCUUAGUAUCAAAUGAAAGCUCAAACACUACCUAGCAAACGGUCUGAAACACUGUCUAGUUAACAUUAAAUUACAUUAAAUCUAUAAUAUACUGGGUUUUAUUGGAUUCAUAAGAUUUAUUUUAUUUGGAAUUUAUGGAUAGCUUUUUUAUUAUCUUGAUUUGUAAUAUAUCUUUAUACCUAGUUUCUUGUAUUCCAUAGCCAUGUUUAAAAGUGAUCUUAUUAAAUAUGCAUUUAGUUAUUCUAGGACAUUAAUUAAUGAAUCUCUCUGCCCAAGUCCACUCUGCAGUCUCGUCCAAUACAAAGGCUGCAUGGAGAGGGAAGGGGAGUUCAUGGCAAGAGGAUUCAAAUGUAAUCUGUUGAUUGCACAUGUACAGUUGAAGAGGUUUACAUACAACUUAGCCAAAUACAUUUAAACUCAGUUUUUCACAAUUCCUGACGUUUAAACUUAGUAAAAAUUCCCUGUCUUAGGUCAGUUAGAAUGACCACUUUAUUUUAAGAAUGUGAAAUGUCAGAAUAAUAGUAGAGAGAAUUAUUUAUUUCAGCUUUUAUUUCUUUCAUCACAUUCCUAGUGGGUCAGAAGUUUACCUACACUCAAUUAGUAUUUGGUAGCCUUGCCUUUAAAUUGUUUAACUUGGGACCAAUGUUUCGGGUAGUCUUCCACAAGCUUCCCACAAUAAGUUGGGUGAAUUUUGACCCAUUCCUCCUGACAGAGCUGGUGUAACUGAGUCAGGUUUGUAGGCCUCUUUGCUCGCACACGCUUAUCAGUUCUGCCCACAAAUCUUCUACAUGAUUGAGGUCAGGGCUUUGUGAUGGCCACUCCAAUACCUUGACUUUGUUGUCAUUAAGCCAUUUUGCCACAAAUUUGGAAGUAUGCUUGGGGUCAUUGUCCAUUUGGAAGACCCAUUUGCGGCCAAGCUUUAACUUCCUGACUGAUGUCUUGAGAUGUUACUUCAAUAUAUCCACAUAAUUUCCCUACCUCGUGAUGCCACUAGUGAAGUGCACUAGUCCCUCUUGCAGAAAAGCAUCCCAGCAACAUGCUGCCACCCCCAUACUUCACAGUUGGGAUGUUGUUUUUUGGCUUGCAAACCUCCCCUUUUUUCCUCCAAACAUAACGAUGGUCAUUAUGGCCAAACCGUUCUAUUUUGGUUUCAUCAGACCAGAUGACAUUUCUCCAAAAAGUACACUCUUUGUCCCCAUGUGCAGAUGCAAACCGUGGUCUGGCUUUUUAUGGCGGUUUUGGAGCAGUGGCUUCUUCCUUGCUGAGUGGCCUUUCAGGUUAUUUCGAUAUAGGACUCAUUUUACUGUGGAUAUAGAUACUUUUGUACCAGUUUCCACCAGCAUCUUCACAAGGUCCUUUGCUGUUGUUCUGGGAUUCAUUUGCACUUUUUCGUACCAAAAUCCGUUAAUCUCUAGGAGACAGAACGCGUCUACUUCCUGAGCUGUGUGACGGCUGCGCGGUCCCAUGGUGUUUGUACUUGCCUACUAUUGUUUGUACAGAUGAACGUGGUACCUUCAGGCGUUUGGAAAUUGCUCCCAAGAGUGAACCAGACUUGUGGAGGUCUACAAUUUUUUUCUGAGGUCUUGGCUGAUUUCUUUUGAUUUUCCCAUGAUGUCAAGCAAAGAGGCACUGCGUUUAAGGUAGACCAUGAAAUACAUCCACAGGUACACCUCUAAUUGACUAAAAUGUCAAUUAGCCUAUCAGAAGCUUCUAAAGCCAUGACAUCAAUUUCUGGAAUUUUCCAAGCUCUUUAAAGGCACAGUCAACUUAGUGUAUGUAAACUACUGACCCACUGGAAUUGUGAUACAGUGAAUUAUAAGUAAAAUAAUGUCUGUAAACAAUUGUUGGAAAAAUUACUGUCACAUUCAUCGUAAAGAGGAGACCAAAGCACAGCGUGAUUAGAAUACAUUCUUCUUUUAAUGACGAAAGAACACUUAAACAACCCUACCGCUGUGACCACCAUAUCCCACAAAAUACCCAAUGAAUAUGGCUACCUAAAUAUGGUCACCAAUCAGAGACAACGAUAAACAGCUGCCUCUGAUUGAGAACCAAUCCAGGCAACUAUAGACAUAUAAACACCUAGACUUGAAAACCCCCAUAAACCUACAGAAACCCUAGACAGGACAAAAACAUAUAUACCCACCCUCGUCACACCCUGACCUGACCAAAAUAAUACAGAGAACAUAGAUAACUAAGGUCAAUUACUUGUGUUAUGCACAAAGUAGAUGUCCUAACUGACUUACCAAAACCAUAGUUUGUUAACAGGAAAUUUGUGGAGUGGUUGAAAAACCAAUGACUACAACCUCAGUUUAUGUAAACUUCCGACUUCAACUGUAGGUGUAUCAUGACACUACUUUUACAGAUGUAUGCUCCCAUCUGACUUUCCCCUGCCUGGUCUGUAGCUUAUCACCAUAUCUAGCAGCACCUGCACUGAAAGUUAUCAUGUCUUUCACCGUAGUUUGUACCAGAUUACUUUCUGAACAUAGUUUACUAAAGCAAUAAGGCCCAAGGGGGUGUGAUAUAUGGCCAAUGCAACGCAGAGUGCCUGGACACAGCCCUUAGUCGUGGUAUAUUGGCCAUAUACCACAAACCCCCAAGGUGCCUUAUUACUAUUAUAAACUUGUUACCAACGUAAUUAGAGCAGUUAAAAUAAAUGUUUUGUCAUAUCCGUGGUAUACAGUCUGAUAUACCACGGCUGUCAGCCAAUCAGCAUUCAGGGCUCGCACCAUCCAGUUUAUAAUAAAGCACAAUGUUGUAAAUAAUACAAAUAAUUCAAAAGCCUAAUUUGAGGCUCUCUGCAUUGCACCCCAUUAUGUUUGGUCUCUGCAGCUCUCUGCAUUACACCACAUUAUGUCCGGUCGUAUCUACGUGUUGUCUACUACAUACACUAGAAUAGUGAAUACACUGGAUUUUUAACAAGGGAAAAGCUUCCCUAAGACAGACCUUACACUGGGCCUUCCCUAAGACAUACCUUACACUGGGCCUUCACUAAGACAUACCUUACACUGGGCCUUCCCGAAGACAGACCUUACACUGGGCCUUCACUAAGACAUACCUUACACUGGGCCUUCACUAAGACAUACCUUACACUGGGCCUUCACUAAGACAUACCUUACACUGGGCCUUCACUAAGACAUACCUUACACUGGGCCUUCCCGAAGACAGACCUUACACUGGGCCUUCACUAAGACAUACCUUACACUGGGCCUUCACUAAGACAUACCUUACACUGGGCCUUCCCUAAGACAGACCUUACACUGGGCCUUCCCGAAGACAGACCUUACACUGGGCCUUCCCGAAGACAGACCUUACACUGGGCCUUCUCUAAGACAGACCUUACAUUGGGCCUUCUCUAAGACAUACCUUACACUGGGCCUUCUCUAAGACAUACCUUACACUGGGCCUUCUCUAAGACAGACCUUACACUGGGAUAGAAAAAUAAGGUGACAAUUAAAUAUGUACAACUUUUUUUAUUCCGGGACAAUUUCUUGUUUUUUCCAAAAGAGACCAAAUUCAGAACAAAAGUCUUUCUUGGAGGCUAAUAUUUUCUACCUGGAAUUGAGUUUGAACCGUCUAUUCUUAUGUUUGUAGCAGAUAGUGACAGACUGGUUUUAUACCUUUGAAAUCCUCCCAGAUCUUUUGGCGAACUCACACGUUUUAUUUAUAAAAGGGACUAGCUAGGGGUCAGAUCUGUACCACUGUAUCAUUCUUUUUGUAACUGAGUAGACCUAACCCUUCGUCUAUUUUUACACCUUUGUCAAAAUGGGAACAAGUGGGAAGUAAUUAAUAACAUGACUGUACUGUGUUUCAUAUCCUGAACCUAUAACAACAUUUUGUCACUGUUGUUGGUCUCAUAGGUCUUAUAUUUGUGGUAUUUAAGGUUUUAUAAGAUGAUAUUAACAAAACAGGACACAAUGAUAAGAACGCUUUUAUUUGUUCAAAAUAAUCUCCUACUGUCUUCUGGAAGUUGCCUAACCCAAACUGUUUCUCAACAUUUCUAACCCAAACUGUUUCUCAACAUUUCUAACCCAAACUGUUUCUCAACAUUUCUAACCCAAACUGUUUCUCAACAUUUCUAACCCAAACUGUUUCUCAACAUUUCUAACCCAAACUGUUUCUCAACAUUUCUGUCUUCUGGAAGUUACCUAACCCAAACACUGUUUCUCAACAUUUCUGUCUUCUGGAAGUUACCUAACCCAAACACUGUUUCUCAACAUUUCUGUCUUCUGGAAGUUACCUAACCCAAACACUGUUUCUCAACAUUUCUGUCUUCUGGAAGUUACCUAACCCAAACACUGUUUCUCAACAUUUCUGUCUUCUGGAAGUUACCUAACCCAAACACUGUUUCUCAACAUUUCUGUCUUCUGGAAGUUACCUAACCCAAACACUGUUUCUCAACAUUUCUGUCUUCUGGAAGUUACCUAACCCAAACACUGUUUCUCAACAUUUCUAACCCAAACGGUUUCUCAACAUUUCUGUCUUCUAAUUAUUCUAAAUGUAUGCAAGCAUUUUCCUUAUGUAUUGUUUCACAACUGAACUAUGCAUAUGAUUUUUCAAUUGCAAAAUAAACAUCCCAACCAAGCAUCAA